AAGUAUUACUAUAAUCUAAGGCAUAAGCUAAUAGUAUUUAAAGAAGGUAAUAAAGUGUACUUACACUUAUAUAAAAAGUACUUAAUCCUAGUAGAAAAGAAUAAGAAGCUAGACAAACAAAGGGUAGGCCUACUUAAGGUACUAAAGAAGGUUAGUAAGUAUACGUAUAAGCUAAAGGUCUUAGAACACUAG